UGGAACUCUCGCUGGAGCUCCGGCAGCCGCUGCUCUUGAACCUCCCUGCCGUCGCAGUGCCCGCUGCAGCUGCCACCAUCCUCCCCACGACGUGCUGUCCUGCGCCCGCAACCAUGUGCCGGACCCUGUCCGCCUUCCCCACCACCUGCCUGGAGAGAGCCAAAGAGUUCAAGACACGUCUGGGGAUCUUUCUUCACAAAUCAGAAUUGGGCUCCGAUACUGGGAAUGUUGGCAAGUUCGAGUGGGGCAGUAAACACAGCAAAGAUAGCAAAAACUUCUCAGAAGAUGUGCUGGGGUGGAGGGAGUCGUUUGACUUGCUGCUGAGCAGUAAGAAUGGGGUGGCUGCCUUCCACGCUUUCCUGAAGACGGAGUUCAGCGAGGAGAACCUGGAGUUCUGGCUGGCCUGUGAGGAGUUCAAGAAGAUCCGGUCGGCUGCCAAGCUGGCCUCCAGGGCUCAGCGGAUCUUUGAGGAGUUUGUUCGCGCAGAAGCCCCUAAAGAGGUGAACAUAGACCACGAGACCAGGGAGCUCACCAGGACAAACCUGCAGGCCACCACGGCUGCAUGCUUUGACGUGGCUCAGGGCAAGACACGCACACUAAUGGAGAAGGACUCCUAUCCACGAUUCCUGAAGUCACCCGCUUACCAGGACCUGGCUGCCCAAGCUGCGGCCGCCUCUGCCUCUCCAUCCAGCUGCAGCCCGGCUGAGCCCUUGCACACCUGAGCCUCCGUGGCAGCGAGGAAGCCAGCCUGGAAGAGAGGUGGAGUCACCCAUCCCUGAGGUCACUGCCCCUGUGUGGGAGGCAGGUUCUGCAAAGCAAGCACAAGAGGCCAGUGAAGGAAAAAAACCACUUCUGCAGCCUGUUUUGGAAGCAACACCCUCCCCUCCAGAUACUGUGGGACUAAAUUCCAGGUGUGAGAGGGUCUCCUCCCCACUUCCAGUACCUGUGACUAAGUCCUGAAGAUGAGGGUUGGGUGGGGCUCCAGGGAAAAGAGUGGUGGUACACAUUCUCACGGGGGCAAGGAAAUAUCCUACGGUGGUUUGGAAAACAUAUUCGUACAGGGAGACUUGCAAAUGAGCAGGAGAAAGAUGACCCAUCAGCUGUUUUGCCUGUUACCAGUCAACUCUGAUCACAUCCUGUUUUCCUAAUUCCCCGACUGUUCUGGGCACAGAAGGGAGCAGCAGGCGUGAGGCUUCCCAUACUGCCCUCCUCACCUGCGUCUCAGCUGCCCAGGGGUCCCUUAGCUUGCACUUCUUGAUAUCCUGCUUAUCCAGCCUCUUAGACAUGCCAAGGCCGAGGAGUCACACAUGACUCACCAAGAUGAGAUUCUCAUACCUCAGUUACUGCCUUUGAGCCCCUUUCCAAGUCAGCAGGGAGACCCAAAGGAGGCCUUCUUGCUCCUGUGAAAUGAAUCUUGGUGCUCGUGGUGACCUUUGCAGGUGGGCCCUGGCCCUGGGUUUGCAGGGUCCGGCUGUGGGGAGGGCCUGCCGAGGGGCCUCUUGCUGGGAUGUGUCCUCUCUCAGCUCUGUGCUGUCCUUGAAGGUGAGCCCGUGAGGACAAAGGUGUGAGGCCUCCGGGUGAGCAGCUGAUCCAGUUCUCCGCCAGCAGCUGUUCGACGGGCCCUCAGUCUCUGUGCGCUCCUGUGUUUUGGGACCCAGUGCUGGGAGGUGCUGAGGACCAAAUGGCUAAUCUUGGAACUGUAGGGAUUUCCAGCUGCCUUCCUACCCUUGACGUAUAGCUCCCAGGAGAAAAGGAUCAGAAGACGCUAAUCUCUUGCCAGUUCCCGAAAGUCCUGUUUUAAAUUUUAAGCUAGUAUUUUUUGAGAGUAUGAGAACACGGAAAAAAACUCAAUAGAAGGGUGGCCUCAUGUUUCUUUUCUGGGAAGGCAAAUGCACCUCCAGGACAGCACUGGAGAGGUGGGACAGGGAGCCCAUGACCCUCAGCUGGAACGUAGAAGCUGAGAGUGGA